GAGCUACAGGCGAUGUGCGCGGCGGGCCGCGGCCCCUGGAGGUAACGGUGUGCGCUGGCCACCGCCGCGGUCUUUGCCCCGGUGGUCUCUCUGAGCUCCUGGGCCGCGCCCCUGGGACCAGGCGGAGGCCGGGGACGGCCCCAGGGCUGGAGCGGAGUCCCGAAGGCCGCUAGCGACCUGGGUCCUAGCCACGCCCACGGCCAGGCGGGGCGACUGCGAGCUUUGCCAUUGAAAGGCGGAGCGUGUCUUGUCGCCUUCUAGCUGCACCUUUUGUGGACUGCCGCAUGGAACCGUCCAAGGUGUUUGCCCACCCCGAAAUGGAAUAAAUCUUUUUUAUUCUAACAGUAUACAAUCUCACUAAGCAGGCAAAGAAAAACAGUAAGAUAUCUUUUUACAUUGGUAAGAUUUUUCAGUACCCAAUGCUGCUGAGAGAGUGAAGAAAUGAAAGCAAGCGCCUUUAUGCCCUGUGUGCUGGGGAUAAUCCGUUUUUCUAGAGGGCAGUUUGGCAUUAUAAAUCAGAAUUCAGGCCGGGCGCGGUGGCUCACGCCUGUUAUCCCAGCACUUUGGAAGGCCGAGGUGGGAGGAUCACGUGAGGUCAGGAGUUCGAGACCAGCCCGACCAAUACGGUGAAACCCCGUCUCUACUAAAAAUACAAAAAUUGGCCGGGCUUGGUGGCGGGCGCCUGUAGUCCCAGCUCCUCGGGAGGCCGAGAGAGGAGAAUCUCUUGAACCUGGGAGGCAGAGGUUGCAGUGAGCCGAGAUCGCGCCACUGCACUCCAGCCUGGGCGACCGAGCAAGACUCUGUCUCAAAAAAAAAAAAAAAAAAGAAAAACAUAAAUCAGAAUUCAAAUAGUACCAUAACUUCUAAGUCAUAAUCCAAUUCCAGGAAUUUAUUCCAAGGACAUAAAUCGGACAAGAAUGCAAACAUAGUAUGUACAUGUUUUUAGCAAUCCGAGCAACAUUUAGUACGUAUAAAGAAGAAAGAAAAUACUCGAAAUUUCAUGAGUCACAGAUAACCAUCAAAGAAAACACUGUUCACAUUUAGGUUUACUUCAGAUAUAUUCAUAAUGAAUAUAUACCUUAUGUUUAUGUGAUUUCCUUAUAAAAUGUAUUUUAAAUAAUUGCAUGUUACGAAUAUAAUAAAGUGUGUUAAUUUAAAAGAACGUCAGUUAAGUAGAUUAUGCAUUAUUGAGUCAGUAAUAAACUGGGAACACAUUUCUCUGUCAGUGUCGCUAUGCAUUACCAUUUUUAAUGGAUGCGUGGCGUUUCUUGCUGUGGCUGUAUUGUAUCACAUAUUAUUUAACCAGUCCCCUAUUAAUGUACAUUUGUUUCCAGUCUCUUCAUAAUCAUAAAAUUAGUAUGGUAGUGGUCACUUGUAUGUAUACGUGUUUGCAUUCUUGUCCAAUUUCUGUCCUUGGAGUAAAUGCCUGGAAGUGGAUUAUGACUUAGAAGUUGUGGUACAGUUUAAAUUCUGACUCAUAAUGCCAAACUGGGCCGGGCGCGGUGGCUCACACCUGUAAUCCCAAGCACUUUGGGAGGCGGAGGUGGGCGGAUCACUUGAGAUUGGGAGUUUGAAACCAGCCUGGCCAACAUGGUUUUUUUUUUUUUACUUGAAUGUAAAUGCCAAUCAAGAUACAUUGAAAUAAGAAGGUCCUACAGUGUAGGGGAAACAAUGGAAGAACUUCUACCUGAUGGACAAAUAUGGGCUAAUAUGGAUCCAGAAGAACGAAUGUUGGCAGCUGCUACAGCUUUUACCCACAUCUGUGCAGGGCAGGGUGAAGGAGAUGUCAGGAGAGAAGCCCAAUCUAUCCAAUAUGAUCCCUACAGUAAAGCUUCAGUAGCCCCAGGGAAGCGACCUACUCUUCCUGUGCAACUACAGUACCCACAUGUAGAAAGUAAUGUCCCUUCAGAAACAGUCUCUGAGGCCUCCCAAAGACUCCGAAAGCCAGUGAUGAAGAGAAAGGUGCUGCGCAGAAAGCCAGAUGGGGAAGUAUUAGUAACAGAUGAGUCGAUUAUCAGUGAAUCAGAAUCUGGUACAGAAAAUGAUCAGGAUCUCUGGGACUUAAGACAAAGGCUGAUGAAUGUACAGUUCCAGGAAGACAAGGAAUCUUCAUUUGAUGUUUCACAAAAAUUUAACCUACCACAUGAAUACCAAGGAAUUGCUCAAGAUCAGCUCAUUUGCUCUCUACAAAGAGAAGGAAUGGGCUCUCCAGCUUACGAACAAGACCUGAUUGUUGCCAGCAGACCCAAGUCCUUUAUUCUCCCAAAGCUGGACCAGUUAAGCCGAAACCGGGGCAAGACAGACCGGGUAGCUCGGUAUUUUGAGUACAAACGGGACUGGGACUCAAUACGUUUACCUGGUGAAGAUCAUAGGAAGGAAUUACGCUGGGGUGUCCGAGAGCAGAUGCUUUGUCGAGCAGAACCCCAAUCCAAACCUCAGCACAUAUAUGUCCCAAACAAUUAUCUAGUACCAACAGAGAAGAAAAGGUCUGCACUCCGUUGGGGUGUUCGUUGUGACCUUGCAAAUGGUGUCAUACCCAGGAAACUUCCCUUCCCUCUUUCUCCUUCUUAAAUCUUUAAAAAACUUCUUUCACAGGAUUGUUUGAGAUAACCUAGCUCUUUAUAUCUUCCCUUUUAAAUAGAAACAACUAUCUUGAAAAGCUCUUAGAAACAUUUCACGGUAAGGACUUCACCUAUCAUUGGUCUUUCCUAGCUAUAUAUCACAUUGGUAUCAGAUAAUACUUCCAAAUUGCCACUCAAAUCCAGCAGUUGCAAGAUAAAUCAUAUCAGAGAAAACAACAGACCUGGUCUUUCUAUUUUGUCAAUUAGUAAGGGCCCCUUGUGUCCUGUAACCUUUUUUACCUAUCGAUAUGAGUUGCUGUGUUUUAAUGUGUGUUUUUUAAGUUGCUGGGCAUUACAGUUACCAAUUAAAGAAUUUUGGAAAUUCA